AUGAUUUGGAGGGAAUUUCGCGUGCACAACGCCAUUUUUGCCUUGCGCCACUUAGUGGGGAGUGCCUUGGGAAUCUGGGCCCCCCAGUGGUGGCUGCAAAAUCCAGGAGUGACGAGCCUAACCGCCAAGGUUGGUCUCGUGCUCGCUGCAUGCUAUGCAGCUGACGUUACCACCGAGAAGAUUGGCAGCAAGGAUGACCGCACAACCAAUGCGAUGCCGUACCCUAAAACAACACCUCAGACCGUUGAGCAGGUUGCCAAGAGAUUCUAUGCAAAGUCGCAGUUCGCUGCUUCGGCGAUUGCUGCUUUUGGAACGCCUUCCUCAUCCUUUUGCUCGGUUCUCGCAAUAGAGAUUGCAUCCUUUCUGAUGACCCUUGUACGAAAGGGCAUCAUCGAGGCGAGAACGUACCAUAUUAUUUACGCUGCAGCGCUAUUCAUUAUGUUCCCUGUUUUGGUCGCCACUCUUCAUUCCGGAGAUGCGGACGCUGAAAGGGCUACCCUGCGAUGUCUGUGUGCCUGUGCGUUCGCCGUCGACUUGCGCUUGAAGUAUGGCUUGUCAAAAUACACCACAUGGCUUGUGGCCAUACCUGGAGGAUUUAUCGCGGUGGAGAUCUUGUCAAAUUUCGUGAACAUGAAGUUGUUGUGCGCCUGGCCCGGGAUGAUUUGGUCGGCAUUCGACACUAUUCGAGGAUGCUUGGCUGCUGAUGAGAUGCGCUUCUCCAGUUACACCUGUUCUUGUUUUGGUGCAAUUUGUUGCCAUCUGAUGUAA